CUCUUUUUGAAUGCUUGCAUUUCGCACGAUCAAUUCUUUAGAGACGCUCGGACGGUCUGUACUGUCAUCCGCUCAACGAUGUAAUACAUUGGACCUUUCGCGCAACCACUUAAAUGCCUGCAUAGCCACAAUGUCUGGACGCAAUCCCUCGAAAUCUACUCCUUCUCAUCAUGACACUGAUGGGAGGUUCAAUAACCCUUGGGAUACUUGGAAGGAGAGUGGCCUCAGAGAUGUCUUGAAGUGGCAGUAUGACAGACGACAGAGGAAAGUGCCAUCUGGAGGUUGGCUCGUUGGAAACAGACAUCCAACCAGUCAAGAAUUCCUAGCCGCAUUCCCAGUCCAUAAAUUAGAAAGAUCAACUCUAAGCGAUGGCCCAGACGAGUGCAUUUCUGCUGUUUGGAUGGGACAUGCCAGUGUUCUGAUCAGAAUGGAGGGCGUCACAUUUCUGACAGAUCCAGUGUUCUCAGAGAGAUGCAGCCCAGUGCAGUGGAUGGGCCCAAAGCGUUUGGUGCCAGCUCCUCAUCUGGACAAGAGUGUUCUCCCUAGCCUGGACUUUGUCAUGAUCAGCCACAACCACUAUGACCAUCUGGACCAUGGAACUGUGGUCAGGCUCCAUAAGCAGUAUGGUGACGCCUUGACAUGGUAUGUUCCCCUGGGACUACAGAAGUGGUUCCACAGCUGCAAGAUCACCAAUGUGAAGGAGCUUGACUGGUGGCAAAGUGUUCGACACCCCGGCAGUCAAGUCACUGUUGCAAUGACUCCAGCCCAGCAUUGGAGCUCGCGCACUGGGAGAGACAGGAGGCAGACGCUGUGGGGCGGCUAUGCUGUCCUUGGAAAGCAGCUGCGUUUCUGGUUUGCUGGGGACACUGGAUACUGCCCUGUUUUCAAGGAGAUAGGCGAUCGUUAUGGGCCAUUCGACCUCUCAGCGAUUCCGAUUGGUGCAUACGAGCCUAGAGAUUUUAUGCGACCACAGCAUGUCAACCCGCAGGAGGCAGUCCAGGAUGUGCGGUCAAUGCAGAGCAUCGGCAUCCACUGCUGCACCUUCUGCUUGACAGACGAGGCCAUGGACGAGCCGCCGCAGCUGCUCACCAGGCAUGCGGCAGCUGCAGGAUUGGUGCCGAUCUCCUUUGUGACGCUGCAGCACGGCGAAGUGGGAGGAGAGGAACAAAAUAAGCUGCCCUGGUCCAGAGAGAAAAUAGAUGAGCUCACAAAAGGGCUGGCUGCAAAUCUAGACGCCUCACUGGGAAACGCAGAGAUCCUGGGCGUCAAGAGCUUGACAGGAGAGGCAUACCUGACGACCCGGAAGCAAAAUAAGAAGUUUGCGGUGUUUGAGCUGAACAUAGUGCUGGACUGGAGGGGGACAUGGGAGGAGGAUGGAAAAGAGGUGAAGGGGGAGGUGAAGGUGAGCGAGUACAGCAGCAUAGAUCCAGAGGAGUACACUUUUGAGGUCACUGUGGAAGGAGCGGACAGUGGAUCGACCGCAGGCGCCAAUCUGAGGGCAGCGGUGCAGGGCCUUGAGCACCAGCUCUUCAGCCGCCUGCAGCAGUUCGUAGCUGAGCUGAACGCGCUGUAA